AUUAUUUAUAAAUUUUUUUCUUUUAAAAAUAAUUUUGGUAAAAAUGAAGACUUUAACAAAUAUUUCUUUUAUUGGUUUGAUAAUUUCAAUAAUUUUAAUACAAACAACAUUAUCAGAAAAAUGUGUAAUAUAUUCACAACCUAUAUAUCGUUUUAAAACUCAAUUUAUUGAUUGUCCGAUGAUAAAAAAAAAUACAAAUUUAGAAAAAAGACAAAAUGCAGAUGAUAUGUUUAUUGUAGAUUUUCAUUGUUCAAUUGGCGAUAGUGCGUUAUGUAGUAAAGUUAAAAAUGUAUUUAUUUCAGCAGGGAAAUAUAUAACAGCAACAUUGAAUUUAAAAACACCAAUAAAAGUUAACGCUCAAUUUUUAGAUUUUUGUAAAGAACAAGGAGACUGUGAUACUCAAAAUAUAAUAUUAGGGGCAGCAAGACCAUCAAGAAUGAUUCCAUAUCAAGAUUCGGAUGGAAGAGCAAGAUUAUAUCCUCAAUCAUUAUAUAAACAAUUGAGUUUACCAAAUAAUCAUCCACAAAUGGGACCAGAUGAUAUUACAGCGAUGUUUAAUUCAAAUAUGAAUUAUUGGUUUGAAGGAGAUCCAACGCCUAUGUCAGAAAGACAAGUUGAUUUAUUGUACGUUGUGAUUCAUGAACUGACACAUGGAUUAGGAUUUACAAAUUCAUGGAACGAUUACCUUAAUAUGCAAAUAUUAACACCUAUUAUAGGACAAAUUUCAACUGGUUCAGGACCUUUACAAGCUCAAUUCGUUGAAUUUGUAUUUGAUAAAUCUGUAGUACUAUUACCAAGCGGACAACCAGUUACAUCUUUAGCAGAUCAAUUAAAUCAAUUUCAAAUUAAUGCGGAAGGAACUGAGCAAGAUUUUAUGAAUUCAUUUUCAAAAUCGCCACAAUUCUCAAUAGCUAAAGAUAUGUAUAAUAGGGCUGAAAAUCAUGGCACAAUGGGAUUUGUGCUCUCAUCUAAUAUACAACCCAACACACAAUUAACUACUGAUCAAAUUCAAAAUGAUAUUAUCUUAUUGGAGACUAGUUUAAAUCCUUUUCAACCUAGUUCAAGUAUUGGACAUGUAGAUUUUCAAACUUAUAAAAAUACUAGCGAUUUCUUGAUGAUGUUCACAUAUCCACCCGGAAGAACUCUUAAUGAUAUGAUGUCUUUAUCUGGUAGUACUAAGACAACUGGUCCCAUGGGACUUAAAUUGAGAUUACUUUUGGGAAUUUUAGGAUAUGACGUUAAAAAAGAUUAUAGUCCUCCAGCCAUUAAUACUAGUAGCGAUUCUUCAAUUAUUAGUUUUAAUUUAGUAUUAUCAUUUGUUUGUAUAUUAUUGACUAUAAUUAAUUAUUAUUAAACGAACUUUAAAAUGUACUUAUUAGUUUUAACUAGUUAUAAAUUUUUCAAAAAAUACAUUCAUCUUAAUUAUACUAUUAUUAAUAAAUCUACAAUCCUCACCGAAUAAUAAUUUAUAACCGUUUAAUUUAGCAUAUUUUCUUAAAACUUCACCACAAUCCAAAUCGCAUUCAUAAUUCACCCAACACAUUGAUUUAAUUCUAAAUUUUGUCUUUUCUAAAAAUUGAUUUAAAGUAUCUGUAGUAAAACACCAAUCAGGUGUAUACAUUUUUAAUAAUUUAAAAUUUUGUGGAAGUAAAUUUACGAAUAAAUGUAAAAAUUGAUUCACAUCAAUAAAUAAAUUAUUAUUAUUUCCUUGAUUGGCU